GGAGCUCCCUGCGAGCCCGGGGAAGUCACCGCUGCGCGUUUUUACUAUGUGCGCGUCUUGUGUUCCAGCCAUGCUGCACAUCGGUGGCCAGAGCGAGGGGAGAGGGGAGGAAAAGCCUGUUUACACAGACUGCAAACCGCCUGGGGAAUAAUGCAGGAAAGGAAGUGAGCCGGCUCUCUGUCUGACUGCUCCGACUUCCUGCUCGCUCGCUCUCACGGGCACACACACACACACCGGCCGAGGGAAAAAAGGGGGAAAAAAAAAGGAAGGGGGAGAAGAAAGAAAAAAAAAAAAAAUCAGGAUCUCGUUACAAGAGCAACAGAGCGUUUGCAGAAGACUGUCAGCAUGGAGAACCAGGGGAUUGUUCCCGGCUCUCUCUAAACUACCAGGAGAGAGCGGAGAAGUCCCCCAGCCUCUGGGUAUGGAGAGUGCAAUCACACUGUGGCAGUUCCUUUUGCAGUUGCUGCUAGACCAGAAACAUGAGCACCUGAUUUGCUGGACAUCUAAUGAUGGCGAAUUCAAGCUACUCAAGGCAGAAGAAGUGGCUAAGCUGUGGGGACUCAGAAAAAACAAAACUAAUAUGAAUUAUGACAAGCUGAGCCGAGCGCUCAGAUACUAUUAUGACAAGAACAUCAUCAAGAAAGUGAUUGGACAAAAAUUUGUGUACAAGUUUGUCUCCUUUCCUGAGAUUUUAAAAAUGGAUCCACAUGCUGUGGAAAUCAGCAGAGAGAGCCUUUUGCUGCAGGACAGCGACUGUAAGAUGCCUUCUGAGAGCAGGGAUCAGCACAAGCACAGCUUGUCAGCACUGAAAAGCACAAGCCGUAAUGAAUAUAUCCACUCUGGCCUGUACUCCUCUUUCACUAUCAACUCGCUGCAGAACCAGCCAGACCCUUACAAGCCAAUCAAAACAGAAAAACUGGAGGAGAAGUCAGAAGUAAACACACCAGUGGAAGAAGUUCGGACUGUUAUAAGAUUUGUGACAAACAAAAGAGACAAACAAGUUAUGAGGCCCAUGGUGUCGUUGCCUUCCACUUCCGAAACAGCAGCUGCCUCCGCUUUUCUCAGCUCAUCAGUAUCAGCUAAAAUAUCUUCCUUAAUGCUAUCCAACAGUGCCAGCAUUUCAUCUCCGUCAUCAUCUUCCUCCAGGUCACCAUCUCUGUCUCCCACCUCACCCCUCCCUGCAGAACACAGGAGCCUCUUCCUUGAGUCCAGUUGCCAUGACUCAGAUUCCCUUGAGCCUCUGAACCUCUCCUCAGGCUCCAAGGCCAAAUCUCCAUCUCUUCCGCCAAAGGCUAAGAAGCCCAAAGGCUUGGAAAUCUCCGCCCCACCUAUGGUUCUCUCCAGCACCGAUAUCGGUUCCAUUGCCCUCAACAGCCCUGCACUUCCAUCGGGAUCCCUGACUCCAGCUUUCUUCACUGCACAGACCCCAAAUGGAUUAUUGCUGACCCCAAGCCCACUGCUGUCUAGCAUUCAUUUCUGGAGCAGCCUCAGUCCUGUUGCUCCCCUGAGUCCUGCCAGGCUGCAGGGACCAAACUCUCUGUUCCAGUUUCCAACUCUGCUAAAUGGUCACAUACCAGUGCCACUCCCCAGUCUGGACGGAGCCUCCUCUCCAGUACUGCUUUCUCCAAACGCUCAGAAAUCCUGAUGAUGCCUCAUCACGCUAAGGACUUAGUGGUGGAUUUAACACUUCAUUCCUAUGGGCUCGUUUUCCUGUGUCAUGAGAAGGACAUUGUGAAACCCUCUAUUACUUUGGUUUGCACUUUUCAUUACAUGGAUAAUCUACUUUUAUUACGUUAGCAUUUUUAAACAGUUUUUAUAUAUAAAAGUAUAUAUAAAUCUGUUUUGCAUUAAAUGAAUUAUAAUUUUUUUAUAUCAUAGCUCUCAAGUGUUGAACACUUCUGUUGUCGAUGAAGUACUUUUCAUAAUGGAUUGCAACAAUGUAUCUAAUAAGGAUGUGAAGCUUCUUUUUAAUCCCUUUUUCUGCAUAUUAUGCAUCGUGCUUGUGUAAACUAUAACCGGCUGUGCCUUCUUUUGCAUAAUGUCAUGUAAAUGAUUUAUAUAUUUUCUAGUAUUAAGAUAAGAAGUUGAAAGACAAAACUAGUAUUGAACAGCCCUAUGGUAGUAUUCCAAUAUUUUCUCCACGGGUAGGCCAUAUGAUGCAGUGUAUUCAUGUAACUUUGUAUUAAGUGCUUUCAAAUUGUAUAAAAAUAGCCUUAUAAUUUUUCUUUGCUGAAGUGAAAAACCUAAGCAAGGUUCCAGUCAGGAGAUGCAUUUAGGACUAACAAAGCCACAUUUACGCCCAGGUUCUUCUGUGGAAUUGCAACAGGGAGAAACUGGGCUGUGUAUAUUCAUGAGACAUUUCCAGUAUUUGAGAACACUUCUGUAGAAAAGGAGACGUAGCUCAGAAUUUAUUUGGCGUUUACUUCUUACGAACUGUCAACAUUACAGCUGGAAAGACUGCAGGUAAUCUCUGUCGAUUCCCAGGGAAUGAUUCCCGAUAGAGAAUUUCCAGUUGCUUUGUUCAGUCGUGCCAAGUGCCUUCUACUAUAUUGCUGGAAAGAUUAUUCUAGCUGCUAAAGCUCAGAAGAUUGCAUUUCCCCUUCCCCCAAAGCUGGAAAAGUUACAGGACUGUAAAUUGAUGUCUGGUGCUUGUAAAGAGGCGUACUGUGCAUGUGAGAUGUUUAUGUAUAAACAUCUCAAUUCUAGAUUAAAAAACAGCACUGUGUUACUAUAUACUUGCAACUUGAACUUAACUGGGUAUGUCCUCUACCUGGAGGUGAUGGCUUAGUCAUCUAAACGUCAGGUUAGGAUUAGGCUAGACUCCCUGGCACCACAGAUUCUAAUCUUGGCAGGGCUGAUGCAAAUCUUCGCUUUUCUGAGGUGGCUAAAUUGGGUUGAAUGCUGCUUUACCUUGUAGUUUUUUUUUUAGAUGAAACCUUCAAAAACCAAACCAAAAUCAGAAUCCUGUUUGCUACAGGUCAUUAGAGCUUCUACUUUGCUUUCUGGCCAAGCAGCUGGUCAAAGUCUGUUCUUUUUGAAACUUACGCAGUGAGUUGUCUGCCGAUUUUCUGUUUGGAUGCAUUUCAGUGAUGAUGUGUGUAGUUAAUUGUAAAGUGCUUUUGGAUCCUUCAACCUGAAAGGUGCUAAAUAAACAUUUUAUUAAUGCAGUUCUGAUGUUGAAAAGCCAUUUUUGGGGGUAGAGAUAGUCUGACAAAAGACAGCAGGAAUUUUCCUCAGGCUCCGAGGUUGCACAACUAAAAAUGACUCCUCGGUUUCACUCACUUUAAUUAACGGGAUAAACCCCUGCCAUAUCGAUAUGAAGUACCAGGGCUGAUAAACAGAGCAAUUAGAUGAAAGACGUAAGGAAAAAGAAUGAAACACAUGGGAAGGCAUUCAUUUGAUUCAGCGCUUUAAGACCUCCAAGAGGUACCGCCCCGUGGAGACAAAACCAGAAAAUGAACCUAAUUUGUGAGUGAAGGGAAAAUUUAUACUAAGUAAAACCAGAAUAGGGUGGAAGAAAAGGCAGCACACAAUUGAUAGGACUGAUUAGCCUGGUGGAACUGAAAUCACAAAGGCUCGCAGGUCAAACAUUUCUCUUUCAGUGGAUUCCUCCCAGGUACACGGAAUAUUUUUCAGUGAGUUAGAGAGCCAAUUACUCACACUCAAGAGCCAACUCGUCUCAUUUUUAAGUAAGUAUGAAUGCCUAUUCCAGUGGUGUCUUGCCAUGUACACACUGACACAGCUAAUGGGAGAGCAAGCUUAGAGAUGAAGUGUUCCUCACUGUGAGUUUAAAAAGCAAAGACAGAUACUCGUAAAGUUCGGUAUUUGACUUAGAAGUAUUGAAUACCACACUGCAAAAAACUUAGAAGAGACAGUGUGUGACAGAUUCUUAAAAAGAAAAAGCAUCCAGAUUCUCAUGACUUUGUUUCUUCCAAGAUUUUACUGUUAAUAAGGCAGUUUUUUUUUCUUCUCAAAAGGCUCAACAAACCUCAACACACCCAUCCACACCUCCUCUCCCACCCUGCCCCGUGGGUGACUUUGUUUUUCUAUUAAAGAUAGCAGAAAAUCACAAUUCUGGGGAAAAAAUUCAACAAAUUCCUGUAAAGGGUCUGAGAGAAUCCGGUAAAACUUAAGGGAAGAUACCUAGAAACAAUAAAGAAGUGCUGUUUUCUCUCUGGAAGAAUAAAAAAUAGCAAUAGAAUACAUCUCCUGCUAGUUGACUUUUCAAUUGAAAAAAUAGGUUGUCAAAAUGAAAUCUGCCUUCCACAUUGGUGAUUAUUAUGUGGAAUGAAAAUUCUUGUAACUGGAACAAAUGAAAUCCAACCUCUCCAGCCAAACACCUAUCUAAACCACAAGAUUAUUAAACCUUAUACUUCAAAGAAAAUAUUCUAUUGGUAAUUUUCUGUUGAAUU